AAUUAGCUGGCAAACAACUAAUAACAUCUUCGGAGUGGGAUUGCCAGCCAUUUUUCAGUUGUUUGUAAAUCUGCCCAGAUAACUUACUGUGAUGGCUCAUAUCAAGUCAAAAUGUACAAAAUCACCCUUGUUGCUUCUCGUUCCCUUCGAAAGCUAGGGUUUCAAGAGAGAGUCUCAUUCAUUUAGUUUGGCUAGGUAUCUGUAAAUCCUUCGAGUUCCCCAUGUCUGAGAUUCUCUCUUUGAUUUUUUCCCCUAAUUUCUCCUCUCACCUUUCGAAGCCUAAUCAUUUCAUUUCAUACUUGUAUGGUGUGGAGGAGGACGGGGAAAUGCAUAAGUCCUCGUCUCUUCUUAUUUGGCUGGCCGAUGGGAAUCCAUUUCCGAACAAUGCCACGGUGCAAACCGGAUGUAACGAUUUGCACGCUGAGUUGCUCAGAAAUGGGGUUGUACCUUGUCACAGCUAACCCUUGUUUGUUUGUUUGAACCAGCCAUGUACAAUUUCAAACAACGAGCGGUCAGCUUCUGGUGGAACUUCAAUUCAGAUUUACACAAGAAAGACUUUAAUCACUGCAUCAAUCAAUGGGGUCAUUUCUUAAUUGCCUUUCCACAGGCUUAUGAUUUAGUGUUAGAAUCUUUGGAGGGUCAUGAGCAUGAUGAUGUUCAAGCUACAAUCUUGGAGAGGAGGAAUCAGAUAAUACAACAACUCCAAUGCCAUGCUUCAUUCAUCCAAGAAUGUAAUUUAGACCCAACAGAAGAAAACACUCAUCACUCUUUGACAGCCAAGUAUGUUAAGUUCUUGCUAGCUACUGCGUCAAGCCAUCUAGAUAUUGGUCAUCUUGAACCUCAGACCCCUGCUGAGAAAUUCAAAAUUGCUGCUUUUGUUCUUGGUGUGUGGCUCUCUGCGGGACUUGCUAAGCUUAUUAAGCCAGUCAUCAGUCCUAUUGAACAACCUGACCGAUUCAGCGAGUGGAUUGAUAGAUACUCCUCUGAUGAAUUCGAGGCCUCAACUGAGAAAUUGUUUAAUUGGCUAAGCAACUCUUUGAGAAAUGAAGAGCCUAAAGUCCUGGGUGGCGUUUAUCAUCAUGCUAUGAAGCUCGAAGUAUUCUGUGGUUUUCUGAUGCUUGCCAAGCUCAUCCCUGUAUCACUCAUGCGUAAUCGUCCGGAGGAGCGCCUCGUGCCAAUUUAUGAUUUUAACUUCACAUGCACUACUGUGGACUAUUUGCAAUUUUCAAUGCAAAAUCCUGAUCAAAGGCCACAUCCUGGUAACAUGUACUCUUCUGAUUCAGUUGCCAUUCCACUACCUAAUACUGGCAGGACACCUCCAUGGAAUAGAAUAUCAGUUUCAAAUCUUAGGAGGUCAGUUGGAAUGGCUGCUGGGCUACAUUGGGGAAGCGGGACACCUUCUAAUAGUUUAUCCAUUAGUAGAACUGCACCGUUCAACAUUUCAGUAAGAACCAGAAUAUACUCCAAGCGAUUUUACAAGUGCAAGUACUGUGGCUUCCGGAUUGCUUCAUUAGCUAAUAUUUCUCUUAUAGCACAAUUGUUCGGGCAGGAUCUUCCUAUUCCAUCAGUGAUGGUCAUCCACCCUCCAUUGACAAGUGUGACUGUGCAACACACUAACGAAAUCGAGCAGACACCGGAUAGUUUAGCACAAAGGAAUAAUCUUUUGUGCGGCAUGUGUGAGGAACAGAUUGGGAAAUGCUUUGUCGUUGCUGCAGCUGAUCUGGAAAUUUGGGUUUUACACCUCCCCUGUGUAAAGCUAGAACCCUUGAGGUAUGAACGUCUCAUUCCCUGGUAUCUGAGUCAUCCUGGAAGUUAGUUGAUCGUGUCAAGCAGUUAUGGAAGACUACGCAAGAGCUGAAGGUUGAGGAUGUCAGUAUUGCUGUUUCGUCUGGAGUGGUUUGCUUGGUUCUGUGCUGGCGAGAUAUCAGGAAGAGAUUUACUUUCACUUGCUACAUGUCUGAUAAACUCAUUGUACCACCCAAGGCUUCAACAAGCAGUUCCUCAAAUCCUUAUGAGGUGAUUGUGUUGAUAAAUGAAUUUUAGUGUUAUGAUGAAGUACUGCACAGUUUCUACCAACUUUACUUGAUGAAUGUUUUUCUGCUGUGCCUGUAAAAUCAGUUUUUUUUCAACAGUCACCUGACCUAAUUAUUCUCCAUCUUGUAGUUGAACACAAAAUCAUAAUUAUGCAUGGUGUUAGUCUUC